CGGCGCAGGGACAGGACGCGGGGAGGGGAGGCUCCGCCAGGGGGAGGAGCCGCUACCCGCGUUCCGCUGUCGGGGCUCCUUCCCGUCGCAGCUCCGCUAUAAAACCCGGGGCCGGCAUGAUCGCGGCACCCCCGGAGGCCUCCUCGGCACGCGACCCCCGGCUCGGCGGCGUCUUGGCUCCUGUGCGGGAUGCGGCUGCUGCCUGCGCUCCUGGCCCUCGCCGCCGCCCGGCCCUUGGCCAGCGCAGAGUCACACUGGUGCUACGAGAUUCAAGCCAAGGCCUCCAACUAUACUUGCUUGGGUCCUAGCCACUGGGGUGAAGACUGCCAGAAGAACCGCCAGUCCCCCAUCGACAUUGUCACUACAAAGGCACAGGUAGACCCAGACUUGGGACCCUUCUCCUUCUCUGGCUAUGACAAGAAGCAAAAGUGGAAAGUCCAGAACAAUGGGCAUUCAGUGAUGGUGCUGCUGGAGGGUGAGGCCUCCAUCGCUGGAGGAGGACUGGCUGCCCGGUACCGGGCCACACAGCUGCACCUGCACUGGUCCGAGAAGCUGGAUAGGGGCUCAGAGCAUACCCUCGAUGGCAGGCGCUUUGCCAUGGAGAUGCACAUAGUACAUGAGAAAGAGAAGGGGACAUCGAGGAACGAGAAAGAGGCCCAGGAUCCCAAAGAUGAGAUUGCAGUGCUGGCCUUCUUGCUGGAGGCCGGAUCUGAGGAGAAUUAUGGCUUCCAGCCCCUGGUGGAGGCCCUGGCUUCUGUCCCCAGACCCAAGAUGAACACCACGAUGAAAGAGAGCAUCAGCCUGUUCGACCUAAUCCCCAAGAAGGAGAAACUGAGGCAUUACUAUCGCUACCUGGGCUCCCUCACCACUCCAGGCUGCCAGGAGACAGUUGUCUGGACCGUGUUCCAGGAGCGCAUUCGGCUCCGCAGGGAUCAGCUGAACUUGACCUCGGUGCUUUGAAUUUGUAUUUACCAUGUGUGGUGGUCCUACUCCCGCCCCACCUAUGUCUGGAAGACUGAGGCCGAGAAGGAAGGGUGGACAAAGGGUCAGAGACUGAGCCACCACCAUCCCCUCCUGGACCAUCCCCUGUCCUUCCCGCUGGCCGCACCUUCCAGGAACUUACAGCACGCUGGCUGGGGGUUUUCCCUCUGCCUGGUAUAGGGUUCCCUGGUGGGAGGGAAACUGGGUACACUUGGGAGCAGGCCCUUCUGCCAGUGGACUUCCUCCUCACAGUUUUCUAAAGACUUAAGAGAGGUCUAUGCCAAGGAAAUUGAUGUGGGAACAAAGCUGAAGAAUUUCCUUACUAUUUACAGCCCAUUGACAAGUCCUUCAAACAGGCAGAGUGACAUUCACUGAUAAGGGCAAAAGGCAUCUUAGGCUGACCCUUCAGGAUCCUGGGUCUGCUUUAAACAUGCCAUAAUUCCUCUGGAAGCUUCCUUUAUCUCUGCCCCGAACCAAGAUACCU